UUACAGGUUGUGGAAAAAGAGAGAGAAAACGUACGAUUUGGUGAGCAAACAGGGAAGCAGUUGCCGCAUUUAAACGCAGCUAACAUCUAUAACCCCGACAAACUACAGUUACCACGUUUUGCUUAUUGGCAUCCAUCACUCUCUCGGGUUACUCCUGUCACUCUCCAACUUGUUUUUUCCAAAAUUUCGAAAAUCCCCAAAUAUCUCUAGUGAAAAUCAUUUCCAGAUUCAACCUCCGGCACCGGAAAACCGCUUCUCCGGCCGAUUUCAAGAUCGCGUCGGAAUGAGUACCGGAGGAGAGCUUCUUCAAAUCGAGCCUGUUGAGCUUCAGUUUCCCUUUGAAUUGAAGAAGCAGAUCUCAUGCUCCAUGCAGUUGACGAACAAGUCGGAUGAUUAUGUUGCUUUCAAGGUGAAGACAACGAAUCCAAAGAAGUAUUGUGUAAGGCCCAACACUGGAAUUGUCAUGCCUCACUCUGCCAGCGAUGUCACAGUUACAAUGCAAGCGCAGAAAGAGGCUCCACCGGACAUGCAAUGCAAGGAUAAAUUCCUGCUUCAAAGUGUUGUUACAAGCCCAGGAGCUACUGCAAAGGACAUUACUCCCGAGAUGUUCUAUAAGGAGUCAGGGAAUUAUGUGGAGGACUGCAAGUUGAAAGUGGUUUAUGUUCCACCUCAACUGCCUUCGCCUGUGAGGGAGGGAUCUGAGGAAGGUUCCUCUCCUAGGGCUUCAGUAUCCGAAAAUGGAGUUGGGAAAACAUCCGAGUUUAAUAAUAUUUCAAGGGCAUAUAACGAGCAACAAGACAGCUCGUCGGAGGAUCGGGAAAGUAUUAGAGAUGAAACUGGAAAACAACUUUUAUCAUGGUGGAAGACCCCCGUAUCAGACAAUUUUCAAAACUUUCAAGGAUGGUUCGAGAUUUGCUAUCAACUCAAGCUUCUUCAGUUGCUUCGGAACGAAGGCACUAAUUUCGAAGCUGACAGCGGAGAAAAUUUCUGUUAUGCAGCAAAACAGCAAGCUUCAGCAAGAAUUGGAGCUCUUGAGAAAGGAACGUAACAGAAGUCGUGGUGGUAUCCCAACUAUAUAUGUUCUUAUCAUUGCAUUGCUGGGAAUCCUUCUGGGUUAUCUUUUCCAAAAGACAUAAUCUUUAGACGUUCUUGCUCUAUUCUCAAUGCUCCAGCUGUUUGAAAAAUUCAGAACCAAACCAUAAGUCCAUUAGUUCUCUGGUUGACUCAAAUGUGCGCAAGUCAGUUUCAUUUGUUUUGUAAUAGCCUUGAGCUUGAAGAGCAAUCAUCAUAUGACUAACUUGGUUUGGCAUCCACCUUUUUGGCAGCUCGAGAAGACAACAUUAGUUUAUUUAUCAAGUGUCUUUCUUAAGUUUGGAAUGCAACCAAAUGUUGGACUAUACUUAUUUGAGUGAUCUUAUUGGCAUGAAGGUGUUUACUUGUAUUCAUUUCAA